AUUUAUUUAGGCGAGGUGUUGUUGUUUCCGACUAUAUCUAUAUACGAAGAUACAAUAGGUAUUUUAAAGAAUCUACUUUUUUGCGAACAAAAUGCCUAAAAAUAUUACCAGUGAAGUACGCGAUAUAAUACUAAAGGUGAAAGAAUUUAUGGACGAGGAGAAAAGAAUGCAAGUGCCAAUAAUACCGCUGAGCAAGGUAUAUGUUCGAGUUUCUGCAGCCACUGGUGUAUCAGAACGAACAGUACUAAACAUCGUAAAAGAGGCACGUCUGGUGGAACAAGGUUUGCUGGAUCCUGAGACGCUAAGGAAGACCCCCAAAAAACGAGUUAGGACCAAAGGCAAAAUAGAAGUUGAUGAGUAUGAUCUACAAGUCAUUAGGAGAAAAAUCCACGAGUUUUACACGUUUAAAAAAGAGGUGCCUACUAUUAACAAGUUGCUGCAGAUCUUAAAAGAAGAAAUUAACUUCAAGGGCUCUCGGGAAACAUUGCGUAAGAUACUUCGCAAGAAUGGGUUCCAGUUCAGGAAAACCAAGAAUAACAAAGAGAAGGAGCCAGCUCCAGAACCUGCACCUGCUGUUGCACCCAUGGUCGCACCAUACAUACACACAAUGUUUGGCCAUAAGAACAUACAGUCUUAGAUUCCCAACACAAUAAUUAGGUGAUUUGCAUAGAUAUAGCUCGUAAUAUAGUGAGUUUGAAUAUUGUUGCAUAUGAUAGUACAGAAGUGAUAUAUGCCUUACAGAAAAUGGCAAUUGGUAUAUGCAAUAAAAAAUUGUAAUUUAGGAUUAUAAUAAUCUCAAGAUGGAAUUUGUUGUCUUCCAAUAUAGAGAAAACAACAUAUUGAAACUUUCAAAUUACUGUGCAUGACAGUGUUCUGCUCUUUGUGUGCUAUUUGAAUAACGCGUUUGGUGUAUGCUAAGCGAAUUUAUUGUUAGAUUCUAGUUUUUUUCCUUCCUGAGGCAAUAAAAUUCAUGAGUGGCGUAAAGGCUGUUGUCAGUCCUGUCAGAUAUGUAUAAAACACGGCACAGCCAUACUACAUAUUUCAAUGAAAAUGAAGGAGCUAACUGUCCAAUGGACAUAUUUUUAGACCAUAAAGUGCUGAAGAAUGUGUGCUGAUGAAGUAUCUUGGCUGAAUCAUUUUCAUCCUUUGCGCAGAAUAAUUCAUUCACUGCUAACAAUAAUAAAUUAUAAACUUUAACUAACCCUUCUAAUUUCAAGCAAUUUUUGCCUGUACAGGUGCUUAAUAAUGUAAACUGUAAUGCCACUCUGAAGUUAAAAUUGAAAUUUAAAAUCUGGAAACAUAUUCCAAAAUCCAGUAGUGGUUUCAAGCACUAUAGCUUCUAAAGGGUUUCAGAUAUAGAGAAUUCAACAUUUCUCUCUGAAUUUCAGACUGAUGGUCUAAUUACAUGUUGUCAUGUGUGUAUUCUGUAAAAUUAUAAACACUGAUAUAAAUUAGAUACAAUGUCACCAUAAACAUAUCGAAUAGCAAACUGGUUUUGCUAAAAAUUUAAUUUUUAUUAAUUGUAUAUAUAACUAUUAUUCUCUUUGUAAUUAAAACAUCUUUGUCAUAUGGCAGCUUAAUUGUGAACUGUGUGCAACAGCAUUAAAUUAUGUUUGAUUAAAA